AUGAAGGAAGAAAUCAAGUCGGAAUUCGAAAAAGCUGGGUUCAAUCUCGACGAAGAAGAAGAGAUUCUGAACAAAUGUCUCACUUUUUGCAUCAACUACAGUCUCACUGCUAUGGAUCUCGUCUCAAGCUGGGAAAUUUAUUACCUUAACAGACAACUAGAUGAACCGAUUGUUCCAAAUGCUGAAAUGGAGGGUUUUCUGUUGCAUCUACAAAAUAGUGUGAAAGAAGAUAUUAUAAAGGAGGAAACUGGUUUGCAUCUUUAUUCCAUCGGAGAUGUAGAAAUGAUCUCAAAUAAUGACGAUGAUACAAAGGAGGAUACUCCCAGCACACCAACCAAUAACCGUCAAGAUGUUUAUUCGCCUAUACAUGAUACACCAUCUUUGUACGGGAAUGUUUUAGCAUCCGGAAAACCAGCAGAUCUGGUGACUCCUUUUUCCAAACGAACAGAUAGGUUUGCAGUGAAAUUCAGCAUCAACACCCUGUCUGACACAGACAAUGGAAAACAAGAACUUAACCGCGAGAAUGCAGAGAAUGACGAGUACAGUAUUGUUAAGAAAGUAAUAACCCGAAAAAGGUGUUCAUUGGUGAUUCGUGGAUCAGGGCCGAAACCGGGUUGCAGAUUCAUGUAUGAUAGAACUGAAGAUAAGAUUAAUGCAAUAGAAAACCGAAUUAGAAAACAUGCAAGAGCACUUGUAGCUUCUGGGCUCUAUGAAGAACCAACAGACCCUACAAUUGCCUCACCGAGAAGUUUUUUUGCCGUUGGCAUGAUUUGCUGUGACGGAGAAGGCCGUCUUAAUGAGAAAUCUGUCAUGUUACAAAGCAGUAUAGAGCAUUCUGGAGGGGAAUGCAUCCGCCUAGACUUACAACAUUUAAGUCAUUAUUCAGUUUUCCCUGGCCAGGUAGUUGGAAUUGGAGGGCAUAAUCCUAGUGGCCAUUGCCUAGUUGCAUCUAAAUUGGUUGAUUCUAUACCUAUCUCUGUUGCUAUGGAGGAUUUGAAUCCUUCAAAGAAGCAAGCUAUUGAUAAGGAGAAUCAGCCAACCGAACUUCUUUCUAAUCAGAGAGAGUUAUCAAUGAUUAUUGCGGCGGGCCCUUUUACCACAACCGACAAUUUGCUGUUUGAGCCUCUUGUAGAACUGCUGGCAUACGCAAAGCGAAGACCACCACAGUUGCUUGUAUUGCUGGGGCCAUUUAUUGACUCUGAACACCCAGACAUCAAGAAAGGAACAGUAGACAUGGAUUUUGAUGACAUAUUUCGUUCUCAAGUAUUGAGGAAGCUGGAAGAUUACGUAGAGAGUAUGGGUUCUUCCGUACGCGUUCUGUUUGUACCAUCUAUACGGGAUGCUAACCAUGAUUUUGUUUUUCCUCAGCCUCCAUUUGAUAUCAGUGUAUCUCAGAUAGCCAGUCUCCCUAAUCCUGGAAUCUUUGAGGCAAAUGAGGUCAAAGUUGGUUGCUGCACUUUGGAUGUUCUCAAGCAGAUCAGUGGGGAGGAGAUAUCACGAACUGCGGCAGAUGCAAAACCUAUUGAUCGUUUGAGUAGACUUACAAAUCAUAUUCUUAACCAACAGAGUUUCUAUCCACUUUACCCACCGGCAGAAAGUGUUCCAUUGGACUUUUCUCUGGCGCCAGAAGCCCUUCAACUCUCAUCGGUUCCAGAUGUUCUUAUCUUACCUUCAGACAUCAAGUAUUUUGUCAAGGUUCUUAAUAACGAAAGCGAAGAGACCAAAGGUGGGAAAUGCAUUGCUGUUAAUCCGGGAAGAUUAGCCAAAGGAGAAGGUGGGGGUACUUUUGUAGAGCUUGAUUAUAGUGGAGGUCCUGAUAAAAUUAACGCUUCAAUUGUGGCCAUAUGA